AUGCCCGGUGAAGAUCGGCACCGAGCGAUUAAGAUCGGGCAGCAAGCGGAAGAGUCUCAUAGCUUAGCAGAUUCUAUGGAGAGUCCUGUCACACAUACUAGUAGUUAUUUAAACAAUGAAGAAGGCACAUUUUUUGAAAAGGAAGAAAUAGAUGAGAUUGUCGUUAAAUCAACAGAAUGUGACACCAAAUCUAUGGAUAUUAAUCAAGAGAAAUCUGAUAAUUUAACACAAUCUAUGGAGAGUUCUGUCACACAUAUUAGUAAUAAUUGUUUGAACAAUGAAGAAGUCAAUAUUUUUGAAAACAAAGAUGAGACUAUUGUUUUCAACAAAUUAACAAAAUGUGACACUGAAUCUAAGGAUUUUAAACCAGAGGUUUCUGAUUUAUCAAUUUCUAAGUAUGAUAGUCCAAAACAACCACUACUUGCAAGUUUUCCAAAAAAUAAAAAUAAAAGAGCGUUCAAUUCAAAAUUGUACGAACAUUUCAAUUGGAUUGAGUAUUCAAUUGUAAAAGACCAGGUGUAUUGUUUUGUUUGUCGACAUUUUACAUCUACUAAUGGACUACAAUUUGAACGAACAUUUUUAAAUAAAGGAUUCAACUGUUGGCAAAAACAAGCAGAAUCAUUUAAAUACCAUGAAAAGACUAAUUAUCAUAAGCUAAACUUUGAAAAGUAUACUAUGUUUUUAAAUUUAAAAUGUAAUAAAAGUUAUUCUUCUAUUGCAAGUGGCAUAAUACAUUCUCGAAAGAAAGAAGUUGAAGAUAACCGUCAACAUGUUUAUUACUUAUUGAAAACUACUUUGUAUUUAGCAAAACAAGGCAUACCAUUCCGAGGACACGAUGAGAGUAAAGAAUCAUCAAACCGUGGAAAUUAUAUUGAACUCUUAAAUAUGUUUUGUGAUGAUAAUGUUAAAUUAAAACUAGAAUCCAGAUAUGGGCAUUAUACAUCUCCUGAAUAUCAGAACGAUUGUAUUAAAAUUAUUGCUUCUAUCACAAGGUCAAACAUAAUUAAACAAAUUUCACCAAUUGGUGCCUUUUCUAUUCUUGUAGAUGAAACUAAAGACACUAGUAAAAAAGAACAGCUGUCAUUCGUAAUCAGGUUUGUUGACAAUGAGUUUAAUGUUUUUGAAAAAGCUUUGGGUUGUUACCACAUGGUUAAAUGUAAUGCUUCAACUCUUAGUCAAGAAAUCCAAAAAAUUGUAAUAGAAAAUAAUUUAGAUAUCAACAAGUGCAUUGCUCAAUGUUAUGACGGAGCAUCGGUUAUGAGUGGAGUGUUCUCGGGAGUACAAAAACGAAUAGCAGAUGUAGUACCGCAAGCUAUAUUUGUGCAUUGCUAUGCUCACCGACUAAAUCUUUGUUUAAUUCAUUCUAUUCAAAACAACAGUAUUGUGGUUUUUUUUUUUGAUACAGUCCAGUCUUUGUAUAAGUACUUAAUGAAUGGACAUACUCGUUAUGAAAUUUUUAUGAAAGUUCAAGAGGAUAAAAACUUAAAAGCAAUCCAUUUAGAACGACUUGUGGAAACUAGAUGGUCUUACUGGCAUACUUCUCUACAAAAAAUAAAAAUGCGAAUUCCAGAAAUAUUAGAUGUAUUGAAAGUUUUAACUGUGCAAGAUGAUCAACCAGCAAAAGCUUUAGGUUUACUUAAAGAGGUAUCAACAUUUCGAUUUGUGUUAGUAUUACAUAUUAUGGAAAAGCUUCUUGAAACCAUUCAUUGUUUAUCGUGUGAGUUACAAAACCCAAAAAUCGUAUUACCAGCAGCUAUGGAUCUAGUCGAUUUAACAAGAAAAGAUUUAACAACCCUAAGAUCAGAUGCAAGUUAUUCACUAUUAUAUAACAAAGCUAAAACACAUGCUUUAAGCCUUGGUAUAACAGUUGAGGAGGAACAAGAAAGAAAUACUCGUCUUAGAAGAAAACUACAACCAUCUAAGAAACUUGAAGAAUAUUAUGUAAUGAGUACUACUGGAAAAAGUGAAUCAAUGAAAUCUCUUAAAGUAAAAAAUUUUAAAACUGAAGUUUUUUAUGGCUGCAUUGACAGGUUUCUUCAACAGCUGAAUGAAAGAUUUUCAGAGAAGAGCAAAGAUUUGUUUAAGCUGUUUGAAAUUUUUGAUGUAUCCAGCAAUAAUUUUUUUAAUCCUAACUGCCCUCAUUUAAUAUUCUUUACAAACCAUUAUAGUUAUUUUCAGUUUAAUGAGUCUAAAAUGUUAUCCGAAUUUCCUUCUGCAAAAUCCUUGAUUCUUAAAAAAAAUAUAACCAAUUUGAAUUUAAAUGACAUUAUUUCCUGUUUAAAAGAUUUUCCAGUUGCUUUUUCAGAAACAUUAAACAUAAUAUGUUUAGUUUUAACUUUACCUAUAAGUACGGCUUCUAAUGAAAGAUUUUUUUCUUCACUUAAGAGAGUCAAGUCUUAUAUUAGAUCAACCAUGAGAGAUGAGCGCUUAAGUGACUUAUUAGUGGUUAGUGUGGAGAAAGAAGAGGCCAAUAAAAUUAAUCUAAAUGAUGCUGUAGAUUCAUUUUCAAAGUUGAAAAAUCGAAGAUAUCCACUAAUGUAA